UCUUUUCAGUCUUUUCCCGGUUCCUGCAGCUCGUGUCCGUCCCUUUAUUUUCCUUUUUUACUCGUACUCUAAUUCCAGAAAGACGGUACCAUUCCUGUCCGAGUGUCUCACUUCCCAGGCCAUCUACGUGACACGCCCGACGCAGCACAACCAUGCAAUUCCUCAAGUUCACCGCUGCGGCCGCCGCUUUGUUGGGCCAGGCUUCCGCGUUCCCUCCCGGCCCUGGAUUCGGUUUCCCGGGCGGCGGAGGAGGCCCGGACUCUCAGCCGGAUAGGGAUGGCUGCGUCGACUCCGAGGCGGCGUACAUUCGCUCCUACUUCUACGUCGGAGGCGGGUACGUCGACGAUGGUUCUGGUGGUCACAUCUUCCGCGACCAGAUGUACGUUGAGAAGUUGCUCCCCACGACUGGAGUUUCCCAGGAGACGCCGAUCGUCCUAAUCCACGGUCAGGCCCAGACGGGUAGCAACUUCUACAACAAGCCCGAUGGCGGUAGAGGAUGGGCCUCUCACUUUGUGAGACAAGGCUUCGAGGUCUACAUCGUCGACCAGACGCUCCGUGGCCGCUCCGCUUGGAUGCCCGGCUACGGCGCCUCCAAGCCCUCGACGUACUCCGCCGAGAUCAUCCAGCAGCGCUUCACCGCCGUCAAGGAGUACAUGCUCUGGCCCCAGGCCGUGAACCACACCCAGUGGCCCGGUACCGGCAUGAUGGGCGAUGAGGUCUUUGAUGCCUUCUACAGCUCCAACGUCCAGUUCAUCAACAAUGCCACCUACCAGCAAACGACCGUCCAGGCCGCCGGUGCCGCCCUCCUCGACAAGAUCGGCAGACCCGCCGUCGUUCUCGGUCACAGCCAGGGCGGUCUUAUGCCCAUCAUCAUCGCCGACGCCCGCCCCGAGCUCACCAAGGCCCUCAUCCUCCUUGAGCCCACCGGUCCUCCCUUCCAAGAGGCCGUCUUCAGCAACAAGUCUGCCCGCGCCUACGGUCUCACCGAUAUCCCCGUCGCCUAUUCCCCCGAGGUCACCGAUCCCACCACCGACCUCGUCCAGCAGACCUACCCUGCCAAGGGUGAGAACUACGUUCAGUGCGUUCUCCAGGCCGAGUCCCCCGCUCCGCGCCAGCUUGUCAACCUCGCCGACAAGCCCAUCCUCCUCGUUACCUCUGAGGCGUCCUACCAUGCUCCCUACGACCACUGCAGCGUCGAGUUCCUUCUUCAGGCCGGCUGCAGCAAGACGGAGCACCUCGAGCUCGGCGAGGCCGGCUUCCACGGCAACGGCCACAUGUUCUUCAUGGAGAAGAACAGCUACGAGAUCCAGAAGACGCUUCGUGAUUGGAUCCAGGCCUUAAGCGGAUACCCAUAGACGAUGAAUAUCAUAAUCUGGUAAUGACACGCACUCGGUAGUCUCGUCGCCUUCCAGUCUCCUCAUGCGAUCGUCGAGGUUGGUUCGGAUUACCGUUGUGACAUCCGGAGAGAUCUGCCCUCAACCUGUAGCCACGUGCCAGUUGAUCCCAGUGUCGGCCGAGUCAGCCUCCAUGUCCGAGCGCAACAAUGUUUGACACGUUGACGUGAGUUGGAAUGUGACUUGAGCUAUAUCUUGACAGCCUGGUUGAAGAAAUGAUCGUCGCUGGCAGGGGAGGGACUUGUCAAUAUUGCUUCCGUCCCCUCCCGUUGAGUCGUUGACGCCAUGUCGUGUUUGUCCCCAGCGGGCCCAGC